CCACACAGCGCAGGCCGCCUGCAGCAGCAACGCGCUUCGCCCCUGCGGUGGCUGCAGCGAGGGCCGCUCCCCAGGCCCGCGUGGCCGCAGCGGGCACGGCCCGGCCCCGCCGCGCUAGUCCUCCGCGCCCCCGCCGGGGGGCAGGAGCAAGGCGCCCCGCGCUGCACGCGCCCGUGGAGCUGCAGAACCCGCCGAGUCGCGUCCGCCGCGCCACGCCGCGCAGCAGCCCCGACGGUGCCCUCCGACUGCGUCUCGCCGGCCGCCCUCUGCCCCGGCACCAUGGACACCUCCUUCGUCUGCGCGCUGCUGUCCUUGCCGGUCCUGCUCCAACUGGCGGCCGGGGGCGGCUCCCCGAGGCCCAGCGCGCUGCUGCGAGGGUGCCCCCAGCACUGUCAGUGUGAGCCCGACGGCAGGAUGCUGCUCAGGGUGGACUGCUCGGACUCGGGGCUCUCGGAACUGCCCGCUAACCUCAGCGUCUUCACCUCCUACCUGGACCUCAGCAUGAACAACAUCAGUCAGCUGCCUCCGUAUCCCCUCCACAGUCUCCGCUUCCUAGAGGAGUUACGUCUUGCCGGAAACGCUUUGACAUACAUUCCCAAGGGAGCAUUUGCUGGCCUUGAUAGUCUGAAAGUUCUUAUGCUGCAGAAUAACCACCUGAGACAGGUACCCAUGGAAGCGCUACAGAAUUUGCGGAGCCUUCAGUCGCUGCGUCUGGAUGCCAACCACAUCAGCUACGUACCCCCUGACUGUCUCAGCGGCCUGCAUUCCCUGCGGCAUUUGUGGCUGGAUGACAAUGCUUUAACAGAAAUCCCUGUCCAGGCUUUCAGAAGUUUAUCAGCAUUGCAGGCCAUGACCUUGGCCCUGAACAAAAUCCACCACAUACCAGACUAUGCCUUUGGAAACCUCUCCAGCUUGGUGGUUCUGCAUCUCCAUAACAAUAGAAUCCACUCCCUGGGAAAGAAAAGCUUUGAUGGACUCCACAGCCUAGAGACUUUAGAUUUAAAUUACAAUAACCUUGAUGAGUUCCCUACUGCAAUCAGGACACUCUCUAACCUGAAAGAACUAGGAUUUCACAGCAACAAUAUUAAGUCGAUACCUGAAAAAGCAUUUGUAGGCAAUCCUUCUCUUAUUACAAUACAUUUCUAUGACAAUCCCAUCCAGCUUGUUGGAAAAUCUGCUUUUCAACAUUUACCUGAAUUAAGAACACUAACUUUGAAUGGUGCCUCGCAAAUAACUGAAUUUCCUGAUUUAACUGGAACUGCAAGCCUGGAGAGUCUGACUUUAACUGGAGCACAGAUCUCAUCUCUUCCUCAAACCGUCUGUGAUCAGUUACCUAAUCUUCAAGUGCUUGAUCUGUCUUACAACCUGCUAGAAGAUUUACCCAGUUUCUCAGUCUGCCAAAAGCUUCAGAAAAUAGACCUCCGCCAUAACGCAAUCUAUGAAAUUAAAGUUGACACUUUCCAGCAGUUGCUUGGCCUCCGAUCUCUGAAUUUGGCUUGGAACAAAAUUGCCAUUAUUCACCCCAAUGCUUUUUCUACUCUGCCAUCUCUAAGAAAGCUGGACCUAUCGGCCAACAGCCUGUCGUCUUUUCCUGUAACUGGGUUACAUGGUUUAACUCACUUAAAAUUAACAGGAAAUCAUGCCUUACAGAGCUUGAUAUCAUCUGAAAACUUUCCAGAACUCAAGGUUAUUGAGAUGCCUUAUGCUUACCAGUGCUGUGCAUUUGGAGUGUGUGAGAAUGUCUAUAAAAUUUCUAAUCAGUGGAAUAAAGGUGACAACAGUAGUACAGAAGACCUUCACAAGAAAGAUGCUGGGAUGUUUCAACUUCAAGAUGAGCGUGACCUUGAAGAUUUUCUGCUUGAUUUUGAGGAAGAUCUGAAAGCCCUUCAUUCGGUGCAAUGCUCACCUUCCCCAGGCCCCUUCAAACUCUGCGAGUACCUGUUCGGUAGCUGGCUGAUCCGGAUAGGAGUGUGGACCAUAGCGGUUUUGGCACUUACUUGUAACGCCUUGGUGACUUCAACAGUGUUCCGAGCCCCUCUGUACAUUUCUUCCAUAAAACUGCUAAUUGGGUUGAUCGCAGCGGUGAACAUGCUCAUGGGGGUCUGCAGCGCGGUGCUCGCUGGCGUGGAUGCCUUCACUUUUGGCAGCUUUGCGCAGCACGGGGCGUGGUGGGAGCAGGGCAUCGGCUGCCAGGUCGUCGGAUUUUUGUCCAUUUUUGCUUCGGAAUCGUCUGUUUUCCUGCUCACCCUGGCAGCCCUGGAGCGUGGCUUCUCUGUGAAAUACUCAGCAAAGUUUGAAACGAAAACGAUUUUCUCCAGCCUGAAAGCUGUCAUCGCGCUCUGCGUGCUGCUGGCGGCCACCAUCGCCACGGUGCCCCUGCUGGGGGGCAGCGAGUACAGUGCGUCCCCACUCUGCCUGCCACUGCCCUUUGGGGAGCCCAGCGCCUCGGGCUACACGGUGGCGCUCGUCUUGCUCAAUUCCCUCUGCUUCCUUGUGAUGACCAUCGCCUACACCAAGCUCUACUGCAAUUUGGAAAAGGGAGACCUGGAGAAUAUUUGGGACUGUUCCAUGGUGAAGCACAUCGCCCUGUUGCUCUUCACCAACUGCAUUCUCUACUGCCCGGUGGCUUUUUUGUCCUUCUCCUCUUUACUAAACCUCACAUUUAUCAGUCCCGAAGUAAUUAAAUUUAUUCUUCUGGUGAUUGUCCCGCUUCCUGCCUGUCUCAAUCCCCUCCUCUACAUCCUCUUCAAUCCCCAUUUUAAGGAAGAUUUGGGGAACCUAGGAAAGCGAACCCACUUCUGGACAAGAUCAAAACACUCAAGCCUCAUGUCUAUUAACUCUGAUGAUGUUGAGAAACAGUCCUGUGACUCCACCCAGGCCUUGGUGACCUUCACCAGCGCCAGCAUAGCCUACGACCUGCCUUCCAAUUCCGGGGCCCCACCGGCUUAUCCUUCGACUGACAGCUGUCAUCUUUCAUCGGUUGCAUUUGUCCCAUGUCUGUAAUCAACAGAGAAGAGAAAACCUUUUCAAAAAUUGAAGAUCCAAAAACAUGAACUUGAGUACAUCAGAGAAGUAGUUAAAAUGAGCUGAGCUGAAUUUGAUUUUGCUUAAAAUCUUCCAGUGUGAAAAAGCUAACAAACUGUUAAUACGGGGGACACAAAAAGUAAAUCUAAAUGCUGCUUGUAUAAUUUGUUCAGCUAAGAGAUAGAGCAGUCACACUAUUUAGAUAAACCCGGCUUUUGAGUGAGAGAGAGAGAGAGAGAGAGAGAGAGGAGAUUCUCUGUGAUUUUAAUGGAAUUCUCUUAAACUUACUAAUCUAAUGAUAAGGGAGCAUAACCACUUGCUCACAAAAGGAUUUUUUAACCUAAAAACUCCUCAAAUGGUGACUGGAGGUAGUAGGAAAUAGGGUUUUAAAUGGUCUAUGUUACUAAGUAAAAAUUGUGACCAAAGGACUUUAUUUUAAUGACUUCAUGGAGAUGUUUUAAUCCUCCUUGGCGUUUCCUCAGAAAGGAUCCUUCCAGGUCACCAGCUCCCCUCCUACCCCCAUGGAUAAAGUAAGACAUUAUUCACUCACUGUGUUCACAUUUUUUGGAGACACAAAGUUUCCUAUAUCAGCAUUAGAUAGUCCCCACCUUCAGUGGAAUGAAAUUGCUUACAAAUACUUUGAAAGAUAAAUGAACUCAAAUUCUUAAACUGUCACUAAGGCAAUCAUGUAUAGGUAAGUUUUGCCUUACCUAAUUUAUUUUUUAACUCCUUGGUUCCCAGAGUUCAGAAGACAAGUCCAUUGCCAGCAAUGGACACGUCUAGAAAAGAUGGUAAGCAACCUGGAAUUUUUUUUUUCCUGGGUGGGUGCUCAUUUUUGGCAUGAGUUGUAUCAGUUGGCUGCAUUUUAAAGUAAUGAUCAAAUGUAGACGUGACAUAAAUUCACUGACACAACUUCUUAUAGUUUCUCCAGUAACUCUUGCAACUAUGUUUGAAACCACUUGGGAUUCAACAGAGACUUGAUAACAUAUAAUGCUGAUUAUUUAGCUUGGUUUUAGCUGUGUUGUCUUUGGAUCAUCCUACCUGAUGUCAGGAACAUGACCUCUAUACGUAUUCCAUUUUAAAUACAUGUUUUGGGUAUUUUAAAAGCCAAAAGCAUUAAAUAUUGUAGGUCACAGGAUUAAUUCAAAACGACUAUUCUAUAUUAGUUUCAGUACAACAAAACCAAAAGACUGUUAGGUAGAUUUAUUUUUAUAUAAGCAUGUUUAUUUUGAUCAGAUGUUUUAACUUGGAAUUGAAAAAAAUACAUUUAUGAGAUGUUUUAUAAGAUGUGUAAAUAUAGAACUGUAUUUAUUACUACAGUAAAGAUUCAAUGACACUAAGGAUCAUGAUAAUAAACCAUGUACAGUGGCAUAUUCUUCCAUAUAUAUUGUUUCUUUGUCCACUCUCUUUAAAUUCAUUAACUGUAUAUAAUAUAUGUAAAUGUAUAGUACUUGUAAAUAAAUUCCAAACUUGCUUUUCUAUUGGAUGCAAAAUAAAAGAAAUUUGUAAUAAAAUGUGUGACU